GAUUCAGCUGGUCCAACACGAAAAAUGCCCCUGACUGCCAGUGCCAUGGACUUUUUUCAACUCUUUGUCCCUGACAAUGUACUAAAGAAUAUGGUGGUCCAAACCAACAUGUAUGCCAAGAAGUACCAGGAGAGGUUCGGUAGUGACGAUGCCUGGAUUGACGUUACCUUGUCAGAAAUGAAGGCCUUCUUAGGCUACAUGAUAUCAACCAGCAUCCACCACUGUGAGUCUGUUCUCAGCAUCUGGAGCAGUGGCUUCUACAGCAACAAAAGCAUUGCACUUAUCAUGACACAAUCGAGGUUCGAGAAGAUCCUGAAGUACUUCCAUAUUGUGGCCUUCCGCUCAAGCCACACAACGCAUGGCCUCUACAAAAUCCAGCCUUUUCUGGACUCUCUGCAGAAUGGCUUUGACUCCGCUUUUAGACCUUCACAAGCCCAGGUACUGCACGAGCCCCUGAUUGAUGAGGAUCCUGUUUUCAUUGCCACAUGCACAGAGAGGGAGCUGCGCAAGAGGAAAAAGAGGAAAUUUAGUCUCUGGGUUCGGCAGUGCUCAUCCACUGGUUUCAUCUGCCAGAUUUAUGUCCAUCUCAAAGAAGGGAGUGGUGUUGACGGGCUGGAUGCUUUGAAGAACAAACCACAGCUUCACAGUAUGGUGGCCAAAAACCUUUGUCAGAAUGCCUCUGGGAAGAACUACAUCAUCUUCACUGGCCCAAGCAUUACCAGCCUGAAUCUCUUUGAAGAAUUUGAGAAGCAAGGGAUUUACUGCUGUGGGUUGCUGAGCACCAGGAAGAGUGACUGCACAGGCCUACCUCCAUCCAUGCUGAACAACCCAGAAACUCCCCAGUCCAGAGGACAGUACAGAAUAAGAAUGAAGGGAAACAUGUCCUUGAUCUGCUGGUACAAUAAAGGGCACUUUCGUUUUCUGACCAAUGCCUAUUCACCAGUUCAACAAGGAGUUAUAAUUAAGAGAAAAAGUGGAGAAAUUCCAUGUCCGUUGGCAGUUGAAGCCUUUGCUGCUCACCUUAGCUACAUCUGCAAAUAUGACGACAAAUACAGCAAGUAUUUCAUUUCUCACAAACCAAACAAGACCUGGCAACAAGUAUUCUGGUUUGCCAUCAGCAUCGCCAUAAACAAUGCCUACAUCCUCUACAAAAUGUCCGAGGCCUACCACGUGACGAGGUAUAGCCGCGCACAGUUUGGUGAAAGACUGGUAAAGGAGCUCCUGGGCUUGGAAGACACCUCACCCUCCCAUUGAUGCAUUGUUCUUGGUGGCAUAGUCAGGGGAUGGAGGCUAAGCAGAAGACACCACACCUGAAAGAGCAAAGCAAGGAACUUGUGACAAGGCAGUGCUGUCCUUAUCCAAAAAUGCCAAGUGAUGCCACUAGGGAGGUCACAACUUUGUUCCUAGUAGCAGCUGGAUGUCAACGUGUCCUGCAGAACACGCCACCGGAAAAGCUGACGCAAAAUCACCUGUGUGAACGCCCCGUGGGAGUCUGUGCACCAGAAGGAGCUUAAAUCAGUCAUCAUCUCAAUGCUAUUCGUUGCACCAGGGUAUCUGGU